GACGCGCGAGUCGCGGGGACUGCUCAGCAGCUGGAGGCGGUCACUCGUGCGGGGCUCGGGGCUGCGAUGGUCGAGCGGCCAUGAGGACCGCGAGGGAGUCCAAACCCCGCAGUCCGGCGCUGCUCCCUCACACGGUGGCAGCAUCUCGGCGGACGCUGGAUUAACCGCUGUCUUUGUUCCCCGCGCCUCGUCUUUCCCGUCGCCUCAGCCCCUAACGCCACCGCGCUCCGGUCAGCUCGCCCUCGGCCCGGGAUCCCUCUGAGGCUUGUGCCGCGCGGAUGCGGCUGCCGGGCCUGGGUUUGGGCUUUGCGCGGGAGUUGGAGGAGGAGCGGCGAUACCUGGGCGGCAUGCGAUGGGGAACUGCUGCUGGACGCAGUGCUUUGGGCUCCUGCGCAAAGAAGCGGGGCGGCUGCAGCGUCUAGGAGGCGGCGGUGGGUCCAAGUAUUUUAGAACAUGCUCAAGAGGUGAGCACUUAACUAUAGAGUUUGAGAAUCUAGUAGAAAGUGAUGAGGGGGAAAGCCCAGGAAGCAGUCAUCGGCCUCUUACUGAGGAAGAAAUUGUUGACCUAAGAGAGAGGCAUUAUGAUUCUAUUGCUGAAAAACAGAAAAAUCUUGAUAUGAAAAUUCAAAAAGAGUUAGCCUUACAAGAAGAGAAGUUAAGACUAGAAGAAGAAGCUUUAUACGCUGCACAGCGUGAAGCAGCCAGGGCAGCAAAGCAGCGAAAGCUCUUGGAGCAAGAGAAGCAGAGGUUUGUGCAGCGAUACCAUCCUUCCCACAAAGGAGAAUAUCAAAGCUCUGGACCAGAAGAUGACUUUGAGUCUUGUUUGAGAAAUGUAAAGUCACAGUAUGAAGUUUUUCGAAAUAGUAGACUCUCAUCAGAUGCUACAGUUUUGACGCCAAAUACAGAAAGCAGUUGUGACUUAAUGACCAAAACUAAAUCAACUAGUGGAAAUGAUGACAGCACAUCCUUAGAUCUAGAGUGGGAAGAUGAAGAAGGCAUGAAUAGAAUGCUUCCAAUGAGAGAACGUUCCAAAACAGAGGAAGAUAUUCUCCGUGCAGCACUGAAGUAUAGCAGCAAGAAGACUGGAAGUAAUCCUACCUCAGCCUCUGAUGAUUCCAAUGGGCUGGAGUGGGAGAAUGAUUUUGUUAGUGCUGAAAUGGAUGAUAAUGGCAAUUCUGAGUAUUCUGGAUUUGUAAAUCCUGUAUUAGAACUGUCUGAUUCUGGCAUAAAGCAAUCUGAUAUAAAUCAACAUAAUCGGUAGGGUAAAAUUGUGAGAUCCUGUUUAUCAGUUAUUACCAAAUGUUAAAAAUCAACUAGAAUGUAUAAAUGGUUGUGCUUAACCUUUUUGUAAAGGGGAGGUAAGAAACCAUUUUGUAAAUGCUUAUUAGAAAGGAAUAGGAAUGAUAGGAUAUAUCUGAAUUGCUUUAUAAUUAAGUGCAAUUUCAUCAUCUGCCUUCUGUAUUUCAAGAAAAAUUAAAUCAUUCUGUCAUGCUACUGAUUAAGUUUGGUUUAGUACCUUGUUUUCUUUAUAGCAUUCUUUAGAAUUUCACUUUUUAAAAUAGUUUUAUUAAUUUCACUUAGAAUACUUUAUUAAGUCUAUUUCAGUAUCCGAAUGUGAAAAUAUUAAAGCAUUUUUUAGAAAUUCUCAGCAGAUGUGAAGGGAGCAUGAAGAAGGAUUGCCAGUUUCAGAUAUAGACUAUUGUUCCCUUUUCCAGAAUUAUUUAUUUCUAUGACUUAUUAGAAAUUUAUUGUAAACAUAAUUAAUUUGAGUAGAUGUCCCUAAAGGAAUACUAAACUAUCAAUUUCUUUUAAAGCUUAUUGUAUAUCCUAGUUUGAUAAUAUUGAUUGAAAAUGAACAAAGGGUAAUAUGAUACAAAUAAGUUUUCAGAAUUUGGACAUUUAAAGUUGGUAAUAAUCAAAAGUAAUAUCAAGAAAAUAUAUAUAUUAAAUAUAUAUAUUUAAUAUGUAUUGAAAAUAUAUAUAUUAAAUAUAUAUAUUUAAUAUGUAUAAAAUAUAUAUAUUUAAUUUUCACUUCAUUUACAUUGUUAAUACAAAUAAAUAUUGACUUUAAGUUAGUUGACUUACUGAAUUUCUAGACAUCAUCUUUUAGUUCUACGUUUCCAAUGAAAUUCUACAUUUCCAGUCUUAAAUGAAAAAUAUUUACACAAAACAUAUUCUCUGUCACAAUUUAUGAGGGAAGGAAAACUAAAAAGAGAUAAUACGGGUAUUUCAAAGUAAAUAAAAUUCCUUUCAGGUAAGAAAGGAUCCAUUGAUAUUAUGAAGCUUUCCUUUGCCUUGUAAUACAAGGUGCUUUAACAGGAUGGAACUAAUUAUUUCAAUAUAUAUAGCUUCAUUUUAUGGUAUACAAUAGCUCUUCUUUUCCCUAAAGUUUAUAUAUCAAUUUAAAAGGCCAAGGAUCUGAUCCACUACCUGACUUGAUUUUGUUGACGAUUGAGUAUCAUUUUAGUAAGCAAAUGGUUUUUCAGUUUUUUUCCUUAGUGUUUUAUUUUCUUUUUCUUGCAACAAUGACAGUGCAUGUUCUUAAAAAUAUAAGAAGGUCCAGAUAUAAAUAGUAAAAUAAAAGUUCUUGCUAUACUUAAAAAAAAUCAUGUGGUCCUUUCAGUAUUUGAACUGCGAGGCAAAGACAUCUGUAAUUUCUCUUUUUUUAAUGUCAUAGAAAUAAAUAUGAUACGAACUAAAUAUGUAAAUAUAAUACAUUAGAUAAAGCUAUUAUUUAUGUCUGUCUUAACCUAAUUCAAGUUGUAACUAUGUCUUGGAAAUAUUUUAAAGGUAAUCUCCAUUCACAUUGCCUGUGUUACGCUUUUUAAAGUUUGUAUACAUCAAAUGUAUAUUUUUGGUUUGGCAUAAGCUACUCUUGAAAUUUUUCUUGGCAUUUGUUCAUAAAGAAUUUUUUGAAGGAAUGGUAACUUCUCAAGAAUUGUGAAUAAAACAUUUUUACAUU